CCUCGGCCCCGCCCCGCUGCACCGGCUGUGCGCAGCGCUACUGUAUUAGUCCCCGAGGCAGAACCGCUGCCGCCGUCGCCGUCUCUGACUCUGCUCCGUCGGUCCCCCUGCCCUGACCAUGCCCCGGGGGAGUCGCAGCAUGGCCGCCAGGCCAGCCAGCCGCACCGCCGCGCCCUCUGCCCACCCGCCAGCGCACCCACCGCCCUCGGCUGCAGCCCCGGCGCCCGCCCCGUCGGGCCAGCCCGGCCUGAUGGCGCAGAUGGCGACCACGGCCGCCGGAGUGGCAGUGGGCUCGGCUGUGGGACACGUCAUGGGCAGCGCUCUGACCGGAGCGUUCAGCGGGGGGAGCUCGGAGCCCGCCCAGCCUGCUGCCCAGCCUGCUGCCCAGCAGGCCCCCGCCCGCACUGCCCCCCAGCCCCUGCAGAUGGGGCCCUGCGCCUAUGAGAUCAGGCAGUUCCUGGACUGCUCUACCACUCAGAGUGACCUGUCCCUGUGCGAGGGCUUCAGUGAGGCCCUGAAGCAGUGCAAGUACAACCACGGUCUGAGCUCCCUGCCCUGAAGAGACUGCUGCAGAUUCAGGGGCCAACCCUGCACCCGCCUUCACUCCUUCACCACCAGCCAGACCAUGAUGUCAGGUUGUACCCGUGUAGCUGGGACUAGGAGUGAGGAGGGGGUUUCUCAACCCCCAGGUGACCCGAGACGAAAAUGUGCAAUUAAAAGAGUUUAUUUUAGA